AUGAAAAUUCCUGACUCAUCUCCUGCUUAUAAGUAUGGGAUAGUGGUGGAUUCUGGUUCUUCAGGAUCUCGAGUCCAAAUAUAUCGAUGGGAGGAUCCAAAAUAUACUAAAAAGCAUGGUAAGGAAGAAGAUGUUUUAUCUUCUCCACCUAUGAUAGUUCAAGAAAAGGAUUGGACAUAUAAGACUAGCCCUGGAAUUUCUUCUUUCGAUGAUAAGGGUAAAAUUAAAGACAUUUGGCCAAAGCAUUUCGCUAAGCUAAUGAAAUAUGCCGAAGACAUCAUUCCUCUGAAUAAACAUAGUGAUACACCAGUCUUUGUAUUAGCUACAGCAGGUAUGAGACUAUUGUCCCCUCCUAAGAAGAAAAUGAUAUUAAAGGAGACUUGUUCUUCCAUACAAAAAAAUACCAACUUCUAUUUGCCAAAUUGCAAGAACUUUGUUCAAAUUAUUGAUGGAGAGACAGAAGGAAUAUAUGGUUGGCUUAGUUUGAAUUACUUGAUGGGCCAAUUUAACAAAUACAAAAGCUCGGAUAAAGUACAUAAAUCGAUAGGAUUCAUGGAUAUGGGUGGGGCUUCAACGCAAAUAGCCUUUGUACCUUCAUCAAACGAAGAGAUAAAAAAGCACGAAGACGAUUUAUCUAGAGUGAUAUUGAGAAAUAUUAAUGGAGAAAACCAAAAAUGGAAUGUGUUUUCUGAAACAUGGUUGGGUUUUGGUGCUAAUGAGUCCCGUAAAAGGUAUUUGAAACAAUUGAUAAACUUGUCUAUUUCAAACCCCAAUUUAGGAGCUGAAAUUAAUGAUCCAUGUUUGCCUAAAGAUGCGGAGGUGAACUAUGAACACGAAAAGGUCACAUAUACAAUUAAAGGUAUAGGCAACUAUGAAAUGUGCUUAAAGACCAUUUAUCCAUUGCUUAUGAAAAACAUUCCGUGUAAAGACGAACCUUGUUUAUUCAAUGGUAUCCAUGGACCUCAGUUGAACUUUAAAGAGGAUAAAUUUGUAGGAAUUUCUGAAUAUUGGUACACAGCUAAUGAUAUUUUUCAAAGCGGUGGUGAAUACAAUUAUCUAAGCUUCAAUGAGAAAGUUCGUGGAUAUUGUGAAAGUAAUUGGAAUGAUAUAUUGGCUAAUUCAGAAAAGGGCCAUUAUUCUAAUUUAAAUCCAGACAAGUUUUUAAAAGAUGCUUGCUUUAAGGCAAGUUGGGUUAUUAACAUUUUGCAUGAAGGGUUUGGAUUACCCAGACUUGGACUUGAAGUUCCUGAAGAAGAAGCCGGAGAAAAGGAAUCAGAAGAAAUUAAAAAGAUAGAUGAAGUACAUGUUCCCUUCAAAUCAGCGGAUUCUGUGAACGGCGGCGAAUUAUCUUGGACUCUUGGUAAAAUGUUAUUAUUUGCCUCUAGUCAAAUUGAACCAAAAAAAGACAAUAAUGAUUUAGAAAUCGGCGUAUAUCCAAGUGAAAUUUCUGGUAAGGAAUUUGUGACAGGAUCAGGAAUCUUAGACGUUGCUUAUGAUAGUGAUAAAGAUGAGGACGAGUUACAGAGCAAUUUUAUUUAUUCAAUUAUAUUUAUUUUCUUAUUGUUUUUUUUUGUUUACCAUUUUGGUAAGAAACACAUGAAAUGGACUCAUGGGUUCAGGAGACUUGAAACUUUAUCACCUCAGUCCGUGAAACUGUACAUCAAUGGCAUGGGAUCUAAAUUACCUGGUGUAAACAAAUAUUUCUCGAAUGAUGCUAUUUACCUGGAUUUUCUGAACCAGAAUGACAUUAAUAUAAAUCUUGAGGAAGGGAUGAUUUCAAGUGCAGCAACUCCAAAAAACAUGCCUGAUCUUUCAGUAUUAAGAACUAGAUCGACAAUGAAUUUAUCCGAGAUAGACAGGUCAGAUGAUAGAAAUGACACCGACUCAAUCCAUUCAGGUCCUACAAAUUUUAUGAGUAAACCUUUUUCAUUGCCAAAGAAAAACCAAGGAAAUUUAUUUCAGUAUGGGGACAAUAGGAGUUGGGAUUCAUUAGUUAGGACCUCAAGUAAUAGUUCCAUACAGAGGGCAAAAAAUUUUGAGAGAAACAAAUAA